UCCGCCGCCGCCGCCGCACUUCCCGCUCGCUGCACAGCUGGCGCGACGCUGCACCGCGGUCCCCUGGAAACUGCGAACGCCGCUCACAGGGAAUGCGACAAGGUUCGUGUUGACCACCCGACAAUGGCGGCCACCAGCGACGGGCGGACGAAGCGACUGUCGGUUGCUUGGCGGCUGUACCUGUACGCCCUGCACGGCUACCUCAUCGAGGUCACCUUCACCGCCGUCUGGGAUCUUGUGGUGUUCGGAAGCCUCGAGCUGCGCGGUUUCAGCAGCGUCUGGAGCCUCGCCAUUUAUUCCAUCUCUUGCAUCGCCAUGGAGAAGAUCAACGGCUUGCUGCAAGGGCAGGCGCUUGCGGCUAGAGCGUUGGCUCACACUUGCUGGAUCUACGCGUGGGAAUUUACCACGGGCUCCUUCAUCAGGGCUUUGGGAUCCUGUCCCUGGGACUACCGGGACUUCCGGUUCAAUUUUUGCGGUUUGGUGACGCUAGAAUACGCGCCACUUUGGUUCCUGUGUGGAUUGCUCUUCGAACUGCUCCUUCUGCCCAACGUGAACAGUCUGGUGUGGACGUGCGAACAAAGUGACUCUGCAGUGCAGACGAGGGAUGGCGCAUCUGUACGCGCCCCGAGGAACGGAUACAUCACGUGGAAGAGAGAAUAGCUAAAGGGAAGCCACCUAUACCGCUGCUGGUGCAAAGUGUUGGGAGCGACGUAAUCGUUCAACUUGUAUUUCUGACAAGAACGUUCAUGCGCUCAUACGAAAACAUUUCUGACACGUUGCAGUUGGACGUUGCAGUUGCAGUUGCGUCCAGCCUUGCUCCACAUGCGUCGUAAUUCGAUAUCCCCUGAAGGUGAUAUGUUAACUGACAAGCCACAAGACUAAACAAUUAUCCUGAAUUGGUCCAUAGGCGUGGAUGCUACAGACCGGAGCAAAUGCAAGGUGUUUUUUUUCUUCGACUUUCACUCUGGCACUCCGGAACACGUCUGACUUACUGUCUGUCCGUAAUGCCUCUUAGUCUAGUAAAGAGUACAAAAAAAAAAGGCAGAACAAGGGUCCACACCGGAAUUUCGAUGGCACAGCUGAAAUGCCCUGAGAAUAUGUCAGAUAAAACUACAAUACUGCGCAGCCUCAACACACAAAGUGAGGUGGUUGAACGUGUGACUGACUUAGGCGAGUGCAAGAUAUGAACUUAUCAUAACACGUCAUUGUUUCAUGAAACUAACGAUAUUUUUUUUUCCUUGACAGCUACGAGAAGCCCCGAACAAUAACCGAUCAUCCAUUCCUGAGGGGUGUACUUUUGGAUAUGUCACCAUCGUACAAUUAUGUACGCCUGUAUCUACACGGCAUUAGGUUCUCGGUUAUAUAAGAAAUGAGAGCUAGCAGUCUGCUUAUUACGCUAACUGGCCUACACAGCUUAUGGCCGGGUGUGUGACCCGCGCCACUCAAUACUCGACAAUUCAUGCCGCGAGUUUUGUGCACGUCUUGACUUCUUUCACGGUGUUCAGCACUGUCAAGGCUACAGGUCCUCUUAGCCAAUAGGAAGGGCGAUUAGCCCCUCCACAUGUAUUCAUCGGCGUCGCGUCGUCUGCUCAGCGUCUCCCUGGCGUCUGCUCACGCGCGUAGGGCGAGUAAAGCGAACAGACGGCAUCACUGAAAAAGGAAAUGACUGCACCCACCCCAGCUGGUGCCAUCCGCUUCGAAUUUAUCGAGUCGUCAUCGUGCGCUGUGUGACCCGUAAGUUACAAACUGACGCUUGUAUUUGCUUUAGAUUAAUGUGCUGAUGCUUCGAGAGCAAUGUAUUCGUGAGUAUAUUGCGCUAAUUUUAAGAACCAUUAUCAGAUUCUUGGCGCGUUAGGCUUAGCAUGCGUGGCUAAACAAACA